AUGGACUGUGAGAAUGGCACAGACAUUGAUGCAUUUGUCCUUCUGGGUUUCUCCUCUCAACCUGAACAACAAUUUCUCCUCUUCCUCCUCUUUCUGCUAAUGUAUGUGGCAGGACUUUUGGGGAACAUCAUGAUGGUGGUUCUCAUCACUUUAGAUGCUCGUCUUCAGACUCCCAUGUACUUCCUGCUACGUAGCCUGUCUAUAGUAGAUGUGGGCUUCCUUUCCGUCACAGUGCCCCAGAUGCUGGCUCAUCUCAGUUCCUCCUCCAGGACUAUCCCCUUCUAUGCCUGCAUGGCCCAGUUCUUCUUCUUCUAUGUCUUUGCUGUCACUGACCAUCUCUUGGUAAGUGUCAUGGCUCUGGAUCGCUAUGUGGCCAUUUGCAAUCCUCUCCGCUAUGCCACAGUGAUGAACCAGAAGGUCUGUGGGCAAUUGGUGGCUGGCUGCUGGACGCUUUCUACCCUCCACUCCAUGCUCCAUACAGGGCUCCUCCUUCGUCUCAGUUACCAUGGGGAGAACCACCUGGACCACUUCUUCUGUGAUCAUCAGCCUUUGCUACAGCUAUCCUGCUCAGACACCAGCCUCAAUGAAACAGCCAUCUUCACUGAAGCUGGAGUAUUCAUCAUUGGACCUUUCAUCUUCAUCAUUCUCACUUACAUUCACAUUGUGGCAACUGUGAUCAAAUUUUCAUCUUCAGCCAGACAGAAAGCCUUCUCCACCUGUGGUUCUCAUCUCACCAUAGUAGUCCUCUUCUAUGGGGCUACCAUUGGGGUCUAUUUCCUGCCCACAUCUAGCUAUUCAUCCCAGCGAGGGGCUAUCUUUGCGGUUGUCUAUGCUGUUUUCACUCCAAUGUCCAACCCUUACAUCUACAGCCUCAGGAAUAAAGAAGUAAAAGAGGCUCUGAAGCAUCUCCUAGGAAAAUGGAUCUUUUCUCCAGAAUAA